UGCAUUGCCUCUAUCACCUAUAAAUACUCGCUCUUUGUUGUUAUCCGAGAACCAUCCAAGCCACAUUCGCUUGUGUUUUUUUCUUCUCUCUCUCUUGGAUUUUUUUUUUCCUUUUUUUCCUCCGAGAUUUCUCUUUGUUUUCCUCUCAAAUCUAGAUUCUUGCGGGCUAUUUCCCUCCCUAGAUUACUGGGUUUGUACACCUUCUGAUUUUUUUUUCAAAAAAUCGUAGAUCUAAGAGAUGAAUGCUCUAGCUGCGACGAGCAGGAACUUUCGCCAUGCAGCUCGAAUCCUGGGCUUGGAUUCGAAGAUCGAGAGGAGCCUUCUGAUCCCAUUUAGGGAGAUCAAGGUGGAGUGCACCAUACCCAAGGACGAUGGAACUGUUUCGUACGUUGGAUUUAGGGUUCAGCACGACAAUGCUCGUGGACCCAUGAAGGGAGGAAUCAGAUAUCACCCUGAGGUGGAUCCAGAUGAAGUGAACGCCUUGGCUCAGCUGAUGACGUGGAAGACGGCAGUAGCCGACAUUCCGUACGGAGGAGCAAAGGGCGGAAUCGGAUGCAGCCCUCGGGACCUGAGCUUGAGCGAGUUAGAGCGUCUAACUCGUGUUUUCACUCAGAAGAUACACGAUCUGAUCGGUAUUCACACCGAUGUUCCUGCUCCCGACAUGGGCACCAAUGCUCAAACCAUGGCUUGGAUUCUUGACGAGUACUCCAAGUUCCAUGGCCAUUCCCCUGCUGUUGUCACCGGAAAGCCCAUUUAUCUUGGUGGCUCACUCGGUAGAGGGCCUGCCACUGGACGAGGCGUUGUCUUUGCCACUGAAGCUCUUCUCGCUGAGUACGGGAAAUCAAUCGAGGGCUUGACUUUUGUUAUUCAGGGUUUCGGGAACGUGGGGAGUUGGGCGGCGAGGUUGAUCCACGAGAAAGGCGGCAAGGUCAUCGCUGUGAGUGACAUCACGGGCGCCGUUAAAAACCCUAACGGUAUCGACAUCCCGUCGCUGUUGAGGCACAAAGAAUCCACCGGGAGUCUCAAGGACUUUGAUGGUGGAGAUGCCUUGGAUCUCGACGAGUUACUCGUCCAUGAGUGUGACGUUCUCAUACCCUGCGCUCUCGGCGGCGUCCUCAACAGGGAGAAUGCAGGGGACGUGAAGGCGAAAUUUAUAGUAGAGGCAGCAAACCAUCCGACAGAUCCAGAAGCAGAUGAGAUACUGUCGAAGAAAGGAGUGGUGAUACUGCCGGAUAUAUACGCAAAUGCGGGAGGAGUGACGGUGAGUUACUUCGAGUGGGUACAGAACAUACAAGGGUUCAUGUGGGAAGAGGAGAAGGUGAAUCUGGAGCUGAAGAAGUACAUGACUAAGGCCUUCCACAACAUCAAGUCCAUGUGCCAUUCCAAUUCCUGCAACCUCCGCAUGGGCGCUUUCACUCUCGGGGGAGCCACUCUUCUCCGCGGCUGGGAAGCCUAGAAACAUGAAACAUUGAAUGUUAAACCAUUUGGUAUUCAAAAGAAAGAGAGAUACCGAUCGAAAAAGUUUCAGGGUUCUUUGAGUUUGGUUGUUUUGCAAGGGCGGAUUCCAUUGCAUUUUUCAUGUCUUAAUACUACAAGUUUUCAAGAAGUGUGUAGAUGACAUUGUUGGUACA